AUGGACUCAUCCGUUGUGUCAAAUACAGUCAUGCCUUUGAACAAGCGCAUGUUAGAGCAACGAUCCUACAUGGACUGUCUUUCGGAGUUGGUUCAUUCGUCCGAAUGUUUAUCGUCCAAAGGCUACAUUACAGCUCUUUUGUCAGAUGCCGACCUUGAGAAGAAGAGACGUUGUGCCCGGUGCAACUCAUUACUUUCCAAGAAACAGAGACCACCUCGAUCAAAGCCACUUCCCAAGCAAGAUCCUACGAAUUCGGAUCCUCCAUCCCUAUUUGCAAGUAAUGUCCCGGACGAGAUCGAUUCCCUUGGACUGGAAAGAUUGCAGUUGGAAGAAACACGGGCACCGGUGAUGCGCUGUAGGUUCCAUGAUGGAAAAAAGUCAAUAAGAGAUGGACUUGUUGUGGCGAGCAUUUGA